GGCAAAGGUCAGAGAGAGAGGCGAAAGUCGAUUCAAACACGUAUGUGCCUCCGUGAUAUAAGGACUGAGUCGAUCACCCUCCCUUCACUCGAUCCUCAAGCUUCAUGGGGUUCUCAGCGGGUUUUGUCUCUGUCUCUAUAUCUGUUGUAGCGGCAGUUGGGUUUCUGCUGCUCGCUGCUGUUGCCUUGCUCGCCAGCAAGAAGAGGCGACAAGAUCCUCCGGUGGUAGGCACCAUCUUCCACCAAUUUCUCAACUUCCAAAGGCUGCACGACUACCACACGGAGCUGGCUCGCCGUCACAAGAACUACCGUUUGCUCUCGCCCUUCGGCCGGCAGCUCUACACCUCCGACCCUGCCGUCGUCGAGUACAUACUUAAGACCAACUUCAGCAAUUACGGCAAGGGAUCAUAUAAUUAUGAAAACACACUUGAGCUGCUUGGAGAUGGCAUCUUUGCAGUAGAUGGUGAUAAGUGGCGCCACCAACGAAAGCUUGCAAGCUUCAAUUUCUCCACCAAAGCCUUGAGAGAUUUUAGUGGUGCUAUUUUCAAAAAUAGUGCAUCCAAGCUCGCAGAUACUAUCUCUUCCCUCACCAACUCUAACCAAAUGUUCGAUAUACAAGAUCUCUUAAUGAAAUCCACCAUGGAUUCCACAUUCAAAAUCGCGUUCGGGUUCGAGUUGAAUUGCUUGGAUGGUUCGAGUCGCAACGGAAGUGAGUUCGCCAAGGCAUUUGAUGCGUCAAACGAGUGGAUCCUGCUAAGGUUUGUAAAUGCCUUUUGGAAGAUCAUGAGGUUUCUGAAUGUUGGAUCUGAAGCAGCUCUCAAGAAACAUAUAAAAGUGGUCGAUGAAUUUGUAUACAACGUGAUGGACAUUAGGCUCAAACAAAUCACAAACCAAGGAAAUAUUGAGACACGUACACAGGACAAGAAAGACGAUAUUCUUUCAAAAUUCUUAGAGGAGAGCAAGAACAAUCCAGAUAAGAUCGAUAUGCGAUAUCUGAGGGAUAUAAUUCUGAACUUUGUCAUUGCUGGAAAAGAUACUACAGCAGGCACACUCGCAUGGUUCUUCUUCUUGAUCAGCAAGAACCCCUCCGUGCAGGAGAAGAUAUAUCAAGAAGUAAAGCGAGUAAUCGAACCAAAUGAAUGCGUAGACUUUGCAGAGUUUUCGCGAAACAUAAGAGAUGAGUCCCUCAACAAUCUCCACUAUCUCCAUGCUACCCUCACCGAGACACUGAGGUUCUUCCCUGCAGUUCCUUUAGACAACAAGGUUUGCUUUUCAGAUGACGUUCUGCCAGGAGGCUACAAUGUGAGCAAAGGCGACAUUGUGUUCUACCAGCCAUACGCAAUGGGUAGAAUGGAAUAUUUGUGGGGCGAGGAUGCCGGGAUUUUCCGACCGGAAAGAUGGCUGGAUGAUGAAGGGGUCUUCCAGUCUGAAAGUCCCUACAAGUUUGUAGCUUUUCAAGCUGGUCCAAGAAUCUGCUUGGGUAAAGAAUUUGCCUACAGACUAAUGAAGAUAUAUGCAGCAGUUCUUGUAUACUUCUUCCAGUUCAAGCUUCGUGAUGAGCAGAAGGAUGUCCAUUAUAAGACCAUGACAACGCUUCAAAUUGACAAAGGGCUCUUCCUUGAAGUGCUCUCUAGAUAAAGAACUGUUGGAAAAAGAAUUAUUGAAGAAGAAAUAAAAAAAAAUUAUGGGAGAAAAUAAUGUGGAAGAGGAGGAAAAUUUCUAUGUGGAAUAGAAGGAUAAUAAAAUAAAAACUCAACUUGUUUCAUUCAUAGAAAAAGAAUACAUAUUUAUAGACGUAUUAAAUAAGUACUAAUCUUAAAUA